CUUGAUCAGCAAAUUGUUUGUAUUUAAAUCGCUAUUCUUCAUAAGUAGAAAUGUUUUAAUUCAUGGUCACAAACUUCAAAAUGCACCAGUCUGAGAAACAAACAUUUGAUAUGUUUUUGUCUGGUGAUAAGUAAGCUGAGGUUUUUGUAAUCGUCACUUGAAUUCUCUAUAUAUUACAUGCAAAUAGAGAAUGAGUGUGGCCAAGAAUUCACUGGAUAACACGGGAAAUUCCAAUGAUGCUAUCGAUUGGGAUGAUAUGGUUUAUCAUCCAGCAUUCGGAGCAGAUAUUGAUCCCAAAGCAGGCUUACAUCCAGCUACUGAAGCUUUGCAAGCACUGAAAUAUGAAUCAGAAGAUCCAGAUGCUAAUGCUCGUAGUUACAAAGAAGAAGGAAAUUAUUAUUAUAAGGGAAAAGACUUUUCUAAAGCGAUAUUGUCUUAUACAGGUGGCCUACGUGCAAAGUCAUCAGAUCGUAAAUUAAAUGCAAUACUGUAUACCAAUAGAGCAGUAUGCCAUUUCUAUCUAAAGAAUUACCGAUCAUGUAUUCGUGAUUGUAAGUCUGCUGUCAGUUUGUCACCGGAUUAUGUUAAAGCUUAUGUAAAAGGAAUUGAGGCUUGCCUAGCACUUUCAAAAAUUGAUGAAGCUUUAGAAUUGUCAUCAACCGGCUUAAAUAUACUGCCUUCUUCUCCUGAAUUACUUGAAGUACAGUAUAAGGUUCUUAAAAAGCAAAUGGAAUUAGAUAAGGAGGUUGAACAGCGAUCAAAAUUGGAUUGUAGAAAAGAAAAUGAUAUGAAUACUGAAUAUGAGAUUUUAAAGUCACGUGGAAUUGAUGUUAAUCUCAAAUUAAAACCUAUUGAUAUGCCAGAAGUGGGUUGUUCCACAUUUUAUGUGGAUUCAUUGGGUAAAUUUCACUGGCCUAUUCUUUUUAUGUAUCCUGAAUUCGGACAAACUGAUUUCCUCCGUGAUGUAAUUGAAUCAAGCAUGAUCAUUGAUUGUUUAAAGUUAGUUUUUGAUGUGAAUCAGCCUCCUCCACCGUGGGAUCCGAAGCGCCUAUACUCCCUUGAAGAUGAUGCUAUAGAGGUAUUAUUUUUAAUCAUAAUAUAAGUGUUAUAUUUUCUAAAGUGUUAUCUUUUAGAUUAAUAUUUCAGUCUAUAUUCCUUUUAUUUGUUGUCCAGUAUUGUUGACACUACUUUUAUUGUUAAGACUCUUUAAAUGUCCUCUACUUAAGCUAAUGAGAAAUGUGUUGACUUGUGCCGAAUAACAUUUAUACCAACUCUUGCGUUAAUAGAUGUUUGGAAUUGAAGCCUAUUCUGUGAUAUUCUAGUAUACUUAAUGAUGGGAGAAUUCCAAUGCUUCAUAUGCCUAUCCAUCAUGUAAAUUUACUACCAGUGAAGUUUGAUGAUUCUUCAUUUAAGAAAGGAUUCUAACAAAUUAAAAGCAGAAACAAAUCCGUGGUCUUCAACAAUAUUUUAUGUGAAACAUCAAGUGCUAACUUAGGAAUUCAAUGAACAUGUUUCAGAUUUGGUUGCAGAGAAAAGGUUUAUAAACAAAUCACGUGGAACGUUUGCUACAAGUUGGAGAUGGUUUAUUUUGAACAUGAUAUAAUGAAGAAGUUUAUUCUUUGUUCACCGCAAUGUACAAUCAAAAAACUAACUAAACAAAAUGGAUUUAGUGUCGGCAGAGAUUUACUCAUUAUUUUACAUGUGAUAUCUAAACGAUCAACACAUUUCUAUAGUAGUUGGAAAGACGAGAAAAUUUAACUUGAUUGACUGUCUAGCUUUACGCGUUAUUUGUAGGAAUUAUCCGUUUUUUUUAAAUACUGGAUAAAAUAAAACCCCAUUUUAGAAGAA